UGCUCUCGGUAGGGCAACAAGCCCUCAGGCUGCUGCCUUGAGCUCCCUCCUCCUCCCUUCCAGCAGCCGCCGCCAUACUGCGGGGCAACCCAAACUUGUUACACACUGGCACCAACUCCUCCUCCUGCUGCUGCCCCCUGUUGCAGGCGCCUCAGCAGCGGCACGCAGAACAGCGGGAGGCGGCCCUGGGAACUGGAGCGCGAGCGGAGGAGUUGCAGCCUUGCAGUUUCAUUUACUACUAAGACAAAACGGAAGAAUGUUCUCAAGAGGCAGAAUAGUUGCUGAGAAACACUGUGGAAAGUGUGAACAAUCUCUGUAUUCUGCGACCUGGCAAAUGUUUAUUACCUUGGAGAAGUAAUCUAUUGGAUGCAUAGGCUUGGGAACAUCUUUCCAACCUGUUUAUUGCAACGUUAGUUCGGCAAUGUCUACCCUGUAACAUACUAUUUGGAACUGGAGAUUUCUUCUGCAAAAGGAACAUUAGGUUGCAGUUAUCCUCCAACUUCCAUAGAGCAAGGACUCCUAUCAUGGCUCUCUCUGGUUUGUAUGCAGCUUUGGGUUUAUUGUUUGGAGCAGCAGCAGCAUUUGGUCCAGUACCAAGAAUCACUUGGGAACAUAGAGAAGUACAACUGGUCCAUUUUCAGGAGCCAGAAGUGUUUAACUAUUCAACUUUAUUACUAAGUGAUGACAAAGACGUUUUGUAUGUAGGAGCUAGAGAAGUGAUCUUUGCAUUAAAUUCAGUGAAUAUUGCUGAAAAACAUCAUGAGUUAUAUUGGAAGGUCACUGAAGACAAAAAAACUAAAUGUGCGGACAAGGGCAAAUCCAAACAGACAGAGUGCCUUAACUAUGUGCGUGUCUUACAACCGCUGAAUGAUGAUGUCCUCUUUGUGUGUGGCACAAAUGCAUUUCAGCCAGUCUGUGAUCAUCUGAACUUAAUGUCAUUUGAACUCCGAGGUAAAAAUGAAGAUGGUAAAGGUAGAUGUCCAUUUGACCCUGCCCAAAGCUACACAUCAGUUAUGGUUGAUGGAGAGCUUUAUUCAGGAACUUCCUAUAACUUCUUGGGAAGUGAGCCUAUUAUUUCUAGAAACUCUCAUCAGAGCCCGUUGAGAACAGAAUAUGCAAUACCUUGGCUUAAUGAGCCCAGUUUUGUUUUUGCUGAUGUGAUAAGAGCAGAUCAAAACAGCACUGAAGAAGACGAUGACAAAGUGUACUUCUUUUUCACCGAGAUGUCUGUGGAAUAUGAAUUUGUUGGAAAGCUGAUGAUUCCAAGAAUAAGUAGAGUGUGCAAGAGGGACCAAGGAGGAUUAAGGACUUUGCAGAAAAAAUGGACCUCCUUUCUCAAGGCCAGAUUGAUCUGUACCACACCGGAUAAGAAUUUAAUUUUCAACAUUAUCAAUGAUGUUUUUAUUCUGAAGUCUCCAAGUUUGAAGGAACCAGUGAUUUAUGGAGUUUUUACCCCACAACUGAAUAAUAUGGGGCUGUCAGCAGUGUGUGCAUACAACUUGUCUACUGUGGAAGACGUUUUCUCCAAAGGAAAGUAUAUGCAGAGUGCCACAGUAGAACAGUCUCAUACAAAGUGGGUCCGAUACAAUGGAGAGAUUCCUAAACCUCGACCUGGAGCUUGUAUAAAGAAGGAGGCAGGAGCAGCGAACUACAUGAGUUCUCUAAAUUUACCGGACAAAACACUACAGUUUGUUAAAGAUCACCCUCUAAUGGAUGACUCGGUGACCCCGAUAGGGGACAGACCCAGAUUAAUAAAACGAGAUGUGAGGUAUACACAGAUCGUGGUAGACAGAGUCACAGUGCUCAAUGGCAGUGUGUAUGAUGUUAUGUUUAUUAGUACAGAUAAAGGAGCCCUGCACAAAGCUAUUAGCUAUGAAAAUGGAAUGCAUAUUAUUGAAGAAAUACAACUUUUCCCAAAUUUUGAGCCAGUUCAGACACUGUUGCUUUCAUCAAAAAAGGGCAAAAGGUAUCUCUAUGCAGGUUCCAAUUCUGGUGUGGUUCAGUCUCCCGUUGCAUUCUGUGACAAGUACAGCACUUGCGUUGACUGUGUUCUAGCUAGAGAUCCCUACUGUGCUUGGAAGUCACAUGAAGCCUCCUGUAUUAAUAUUCUUAAAGAAGAUGAAAUUGAAAGGGAUUGGAUUCAGAACAUAGGUGGUGAUGCUUCUUCCUGCCCUGAUAAAGUAAGAGAGAAUUCUCUGCAGCAUACAUUCAAGCAUGGGAGCACAGCAGAACUCAAAUGUUCUCAAAAAUCCAACCUGGCCCAGGUAGUUUGGAAAUUCAAAGAUGAUGUAUUGAAAGUUGAGAGCCCCAAGUAUCGUCUUCUGGAGAAAGCACUGCUCAUCUUCAAUUUAUCAGAAGGAGAUAGUGGCAUUUAUCAGUGUUUGUCAGAAGAAAAAGUGCAGAAUAAGACAUUUUCUCAAGUGGUGGCUAAACAUGUUUUGGAACUGAAAAAAAUCCAGCCUAGUACAGUGGGUCCAAUCCAACCAGCAGCACAGACAGAAGGUAAUACCGAUGUACCAAAAAUGUCAACUGUGCCAACAGAAGGGUCUACUGCUCAAACUUCGACCACCCAGAUUAUACCAAUAACAACAGGAAGGAUAAUAACAAAGCCAAUCGGCCCCAUCCUAGCAAGCGCAUCCUCCAACCCUGAAAUCUUCAAUUCUGUUCCUGAUGGAGUCCCUGAAAAGACAAUAUUCUUAAAGUCAAAUGAUAAUUUCCUUUUAAUAUUUCUCUUUCUGUUCUUUUUUGUUCUCUUCCUAAGUCUGUUGUCCUACAACUGUUACAAAGGCUAUUUACCAGACCAGUGUUUAAAAUUCCGCUCUGCUAUGUUACUUGGUAAGAAAAAACCCAAAUCAGAUUUUUCUGAUUGUGAGCAAAGUGUAAAAGAAACUCUAGUGGAGCAAGGCAGUAUCCAGAAUCAAACUGGAGAGCAGCCAAAGCCAGCUCAUGACACUGGAUAUGAGACUGAACCAGAUUGUGGAAAUGGCCAGGUUCAACAUGAUGAUGUCUCCUCGCAGGCUCACAAAGAAGUCAAGGACAAACCUUUUGAUGUUAAGUGUGAACUAAAAUAUGCUGACUCAGAUGCAGAGGGUGACUGAAGGAGAAAUUCCUCCACAUUAAUCAUGAAAAUAACUGUGGUUCUUACAGUUAAUUAUUUGAGCACGGAUACUUUGGAUGUGACAACUUAGCCAUAGAGGGUUAUGUGCGCUUAAAAGAUUCAGCGCGCCAAUUUCAAAUCUUGCUAGAAUAGAAAACGAUGUUCUGGUGUAUCCGAUAAUCGUAUUUCAUGGUUUUUAAAAAAUGGCCAGUUGCAGAUCACCAUGUUUGUUCCGGGAUUUUUCAGAGUACUUUUAACCGUUGCAAAUGCAGUUACUGAUUUAUUUAAUCCCUUUUCUUCCAUAGAAUAAAAAUGACUCUCUAAUGCAAUCAGCUAAAUAAAAUACUUCCAGUCUGCACAUAUUUUAGCUGCCAUUUAAAAAGAACUAAUUUCAUUUUAAUUCCAAAUUGGAAAUGAAGUUUAGUUUAUCAGAUUGGUAAAUUAUAGCAUUUUGUCCGGAUUGGGACAUUUCUUUGCUUCUAGUGAUUCUUAUUCUUAGUAUAACAUUUUGAGUCUGUUGGCAAGUUGGGUAGCUUUGAUUGGUUUAAGAAUUAAUUUUUAAAAAUUGCUGUUUGUGUACCUUUUAGAAUUAAAUGUACAUUGGGAAAGAGCUGGUUUGAUUUGUGUAAUAUUCUCAGGGAUAAUCUUUGCUUUAAGUGCUAUCUUUUUGCUUUCUAGAAAUUUAGGUACAACAGUCAAUUGAGUAGAUGAUGUUUUUUUGGGAUUGCAGGAGCAUAGGUAAGAUUUAGAAAAAAACCAGCAAGAUGGACACCAUCACAUUCUGUUGCUAUAUAAAACUGGAUUAUUAUUAUUUUUUUUUUUUUUAAGUGAAAUGGCACAGGAAGCAGCUGUCACUUAGCCAUGGCACUCAAAGAGGUUUUUGCACUGUGGAACCAAUACAGAAUUUAUUAGAAGAAUUUAAUGUAAUAAUUGGAUGGGGUAAACUUGCUGCAGUUGAUAGCUAGACAAGACAAUAUUGCAUUUUUUUUAUACUCAAAAGUAACUGAACUUCUCUUUAAUAACAAAGUCUUUGUAAUUUUUCACUAUGUUUGGUUAACUUCUGCCAAUCUCGUAUGCAACUGGAGACUGAAACUGGAGUUGCUCAAAAGAAUUGGUUAGCUGAAUUGUCACAUGAAUCAUGCCUGCAAGUGAAAAAGUACAAGCAUUCUAAACCUGGUUCACAGCGGCACUAUUUGUCUGUAAAAGUUUUUUGUGCGGUACAAUUCUUUAAGAAUUGUUUCUUCCACAGUGUCUUUCUGUAAAUGUUGUUAGAAAUAGAAUUGUCCUAGUAAAUAGCAGUAUGCCCAGGCUUCUUUUUUGUUGUUGUUUUUGUUGACCUCUCAUUCAAACAUAAUAUAAUUUAGAUCAUCUUAGUGUAAACAGUUUAUAUUUUAUAAGAUUCAGUUUGGUUUUAUUUUUCUAUUUUUAAUUAUGUACAUAUGAAAAGCAACAGAAUAAAUAUUAAAAUAAGUUGUAUUAUA